AUGGCCUCCUCUACGCAUUCAUCAAUCACUAAACGUGGAUCUCUUCCCACUGCUGGCAGUGUUUUCUUCAUCUCCUCAGCCGGUCGCGUUCUCAAACUUCCCAUCCCCAGCGGAUCCUAUCGCGAUCCUCUGACGUGGUCAUGGUCGAAGCGGUUCCUAGCGUUUUUUGCUUUGCAAAGUCUUUCAAUUGCAGUUUCCUUCGAACUAAACCUCCCCGGUCUUCUGAUCGGAGCCAUUAGACAUGAAUUUAAAGAUGAGGAUCUGAGCCCUUUCAGUAUAGGGUCAAUCUCUUCGGCCAUGACCCUUUUCACCGGCUUUGGCUAUCUAAUUGGCAUACCACUGUCAACAGCAAUAGGACGACGGCCCGUAUUUGUCGGCGCAGCAAUCACCGCCACUUUAUCAACCUUGUGGGCUGCCUUUGGAGGAAGUUUCUUUCAAUUGCUUGCUGCUGUCAGCUUUCAAGGCUUGGCUGCUGGAUCAGCCACAGGCAUGUGCAUUCUCAUCAUCAUUGAUGCGACCUUCAUUCAUGAGCGUCCUAAUGCGUUAUCUUUGUUUUGGUGUUUAGGCUCAGCUUUCAUUAAGCUAUCCAUCCUAAUCCUUCCACUUACAACAGAUCUCACAAUGCAGUGGCGAUGCGUAUACAAAAUCUGGUUUUCGAUUUGCACUUUGGCUCUAAUCCUGGUGGUGCUCUUCGUUCCGGAGACAUACUUCCUUCGACCACCUGUCGCGCUCGAUGGAAGAGUUCUUGUCCAGAGCGCUUCCGAAAAGAUCCAAGUUUACAGUGGCUGGGAUGAGGUUGAGGGCAUCAGGAACGAGAAACCGUUGCCAGAUAUACCAGCAUCAUGGUCAUGGUGGUCUCAGCUCAUGGUCACGCGCGCACCAGGAACUAACUGGAGCUCCAUGGCUGCCACAUACGGCCAAAUGCUUCUUUGCAUUCUGAAUCCUCUGACCUUUUGGGUUUCGCUACUCACAGGUGUUGUUCUCAGUGGUGUCAUCUUCUUGAACCUCACGCAGCCGAUGGCUCUUGUACAUGCACUCGGAUCCAAGCAAGUAGACACUAUCAACAUCAUGCUUGGGGUUACUGGAGUUGUUGGUUCUAUCCUGGCGUUUCCAGCUACAGGUCCUCUCGCAUCCUGGUUCACGCGCUAUCAUACACUACGCAAUGGGGGCAUACGCCACGCCGAGGUCUAUCUGGCCAUCUUUUCCAUCCCUGUUAUUACAGGCCUACUCAGCGUGAUACUGAAUGGCCUCACUAUUAUUAAUGGGUGGCCUGUAGCAUGGAUCUAUGUCACAUCCGCUAUCAGCAUCAUCAGCUAUCUUACCGGCAAUGUUGCUUUCAACUUGUGGAUAACAGAGGCUUUUCCAAGAUGGGCGGCAGCGGCAUUGGCUGUUCAGCUGUUUGUGGGAAAUAUGUUUGGAUUCGGUAUCGGCACCGCGGUCGCUCCUUGGGUCCAACAUAACCAUAUUUUAGAGCCGACCAUCCUCAUCGCGAGCCUGCUGCUUAUCAUGGGGGCAAUGGCAGUUCCUGCGGCAUUUUGGGGGCAGAAUGUCCGACAGUAUAUCCAAGGGCGUUGGAGUGAUUCUGAGAGGACAGCACUGCGUCCACAGUAA